AUGCCCGGAACCGAGAUGCUAAAUGAAUCAUUUGGAGCAAAUGAGCAGGAAGGUUUACCAACGGAUGCAGCAAGUUUUCUACCUUUGAUGCUCCAAGCUCAGGAUCUUAUUAGUAAACUCGAAAGUCGAGUAUUUGAAUUGGAAAAUGACCUUGAGACCAUAAAUGAAGCUCAUGAACAUGAACGAGAUCAAUUACUCCAAGAAAUUGGUGAGAAAGAUGAAUAUAUUCAUAAUUUAAAAACCAAAGCUAGUCGUCUUGAGUUUGGAGCUCGGGAGGCCAUAAUUGUUCUAGCAAGAACUGUAGAAAUGCUUAAAGCACAAAGCCUUGAAGAAGAAGAAGAAAUUAGCAAAGACGAUGACGAUAAUGCUACAGCAGUAGAAUCAAAUGAUUUGGAGGGACAAUUCCUAGAUAGUAUUAAAUUAUGUUUAAAUUAUUUAAAAUGUACCCAAAAUAAUCAACAAGCACCAAAAAAUCCAAAAAAAUCGUUACCACAAGUACGGCGUGAUUCGAAACUUCAACCAUCUAAUGACGAUGACUAUGAAUCUGAUCACAGGAUUGAAAUUAUUGCCCCGCAACAUAACCCUCUACCUAAUAAUGUUAUACCUAAUCACGUUGUACAAAAGGAGGAGGUAAAUGACGAUGUAGAAAAUGAUAUAAAUAAUAAACUUACAGUCCACCAUGAUAAUUCUAGGAGGGAAUCUUUUAGUAGUAGUCAAAUUUCGCUGGACGAUAUGCCUAAUCUCGAUGAAUAUGAUUUAGAUGGUUCAGAGGACAUUGCAGAUUUUGAUAUUCCUAUUCCAAGAGGGUCAGUUGACAGUGCAUUCGAAGAAGAGCUUGCGCGACGUCAAGAAUAUUUAAUCAACAUCUGUCCCAAUUGUAAUACAUUGCUCUCUCAAGUUGAUCAACAUGUUGAGGAGCGCGCUUAUCUUAAACGUGAUCUUUCUGCGUUAGCAUUAUCUCUUGCGGAAGAACAAUCUCUUCGGUCUCAAAUUCAGAAUAAUAAAGAGAGUUUAGAACGGGAAAUAGAUGAAUGGAUAAACGCCAUGUUUGAGAAAGUUAAUCAGAUGGUAUUUGAUGAGGCCAAUACACGUGAAGAGUUAGAAUGCUUAAACAGGGAGACUAAAGGCAAAAUGGAUAAUUCAUUGAAAUCAUCUGAAAGUAGGCAGGAUCGAUUAAGAGAAAUGAAAUUAUUAUUGGUCCAUUUAGAUUCCGCCAAACAAAGGCAGAGUGUACCGACACAAAAUGGAGCUCCACUAAACAGAAAUUCUAUUGUCCGUCGAAGUUUACUAUCCAAUUCUCCGGCAAAUAGUCCAAGAGCAAGCAGGAUAUUCGGUCACAUGUCUCCUAAUAUAUUUUCAAGUCAAUUUUCGGAUGAAAUAACGUUUUCUAAGGGCAGAAAUAUUUACAUUGAUAGUAUAGUUUUUGAAGAAUUCCAAGAAUAUGUGAAGUCGCUUACAAACUCCCCAACUCCUGUGAAUUCUAAUCCUACACAUCCAUUUAUGAAGCGUUGCAUGAGUGAAGAUAUCCAACCAUGCUUAUUCGAAGGACACGCAGGAUGGAAAUCACCAUUUUAUAAGAGACGUUUAUUAGAUGCUAUUAUGAAAAAUCAAUGCGAAAUUCAAAAAAUACAUUAUAAUUCAAACUCUGUUCCAAGUAUAUCUGAGACCAGCCAAAUCAGCAGUUCAACAUCGAACACACGGUCGAACAAUUAUAAUGAACCGCCACCAGCACCAAAACUUAAAUGUGGUCUUUGUGGUCAACAUAGAAGUUGUGAUUUCCGCAUGCGAAUUUCUGGACCUGAUGCUGCAGUGCCACCAAUGACAGCUAUGACCCCAUCAUCCCGAUUUUCUGUUACAGGAAGCCCGGGAUGGAUUCCACUUGAUAGAUUCUGUCGAGAUCGUGUUGUUGCCGUUUGUGAUUUUUAUACCUAUAUUUCACAUUUACGUAAAGGAUUAUUUGCAAAUUCACCAGUAUGGGGAAUGUAUAAGCAAUGUCUUAAAUACCGCAGAAGAAUGAGCAUGGCGCGCGUUAGUAGCGUUAGUAUGUUUGAAGAGGAGGAUGCCAUUAUUAAUGAAUGCUUAAACAAUUCUGAAAUGGAAGGAAUGGUCGUACUUGUGAAUUAG